AUGUCUGGUCCUGGACAAUGAAACAGAAACUAUAACAUCCCAUAAAACCCAUAGAAAUCGUGCUAAUAGAUGACGGUGUAAAUUUACUCGAGCCCAGGCUCCGCGACAAAAUAUCUGGGGGCCAAACUUUUGAUUAUGGAGACAACGGUGCUAAUCGAAUGCGACCUCAUUGGGUCUCGGAAAGAGGCCAUGGUACUGUGAUGGCGAAGAAUAUUACUCGCAUAUGUCCUAUGGCCAAAAUUUAUGUGAUUAAACUUGAAACACACUUCGAUCAUAAGGAGCAGAAGGCUAGAAUUGGAGCCAGGAGCGCUGCAGAUGUAAGAUACCGCAAUUUAUUCUCCCUUACACUAACUCCUGGGUACUAAUUGUUUUGGUUUCAACGCAGGCAAUCGAUGCCGCCGUAGAUAAAAAGGUGCAGAUAAUCUCGAUGUCGUGGACUGUCAAGCAACCUGAUAGCAAUAGCGAGGAGAAAGAGAAGUUCGACGCAGCAGUACGGAGGGCUGUGAGCGCAGGAAUUCUUCUAUUCUGUUCUGCAGCCGACAAAGGUUUGCACCAAGACAACGAUUAUCCCGCAGCAUCCAAUCCAGUCAGUAUAUUUAAAAUCGGUGCUGCAAAAGCUAACGGCAAUGUCUGGGACUGGGUACCGAGCAUAAAAAGCUUGGACUUCAUCAUUCCUGGAUACGAGGUGGCGGAGAAAGCCUCGCUCGGUGAUGAUCCGGCUAAAAGUUUCCAGCCCCAGACUGGCUCCUCCAUUGCAACUGCUUUAGGUGUUGGCCUUGCCGCUCUUGUGAUUUGCUGUGUACAACUAGCUGCAAUCCAUACGGAAAUGACCCGAGAAGUCAACAAGUUAGAUGCGCCAACUGCUUUGACCUUGCAUGAUCUUCAAAAUGUUAAAAACCAUGAGAAUAUGAAAACUGCCCUUCAAAAUAUCGGGACUAGUGUGGAAAGCGAGCAUAACUUCAUUGAAGUCUGGAAGCUGUUUGAUAGGGCAACUAAGGAUAUGAAGGGGUCAGAGAAGAUGGAACAGUUAAGAGUGAUAAUGUCGUUGGCUUCCAAGUUUAGAGUUUAUGGAUGA